ACGUUUUGUAGCCAGUUUGAUCGCUACGGGCUCUUUCUAGUAUCCAUGCUAUUUCCUGCUGGGACAGAAAGAUUCCAGAGGUCCGUCCCUCGCUUUCCCUUCUCCGUCGGCUCCGCGUCGGCGGGAAGAACUUCCUUUCCACCCCAUUCCCCCUUCGGAAAAACACGGAUCGGUAUUUCUUGGGCAGGGGGCGAGGAGAAGGAUCGCACCCGCGAAAUGCGCCUGCACAUCCCCGCGGCUGAGCCUUAGGUUUUUUUUCCCCUGCCCCCUCCCCGGGCAUGCUGUGCUGGGCAGGGGGCUAAGGGGGCUUUUUCUCAGCGCUGCUGACCCCCUCCGCCCGCCCCAGGCGAAGAGCUUAACCGGCGCCGGAAAGCCGUGGGUACGCUGGCGGAGGGGGGGCGAAGGAGCGCGGGUAAGAGGAUUUCUCUGCCUGGAUUGCGUUGCAGUUGGUAUUCCAAAGGUGGGGGAGAGGAUCUCGCUUCCCCCUCGCGCCCUGCCGGACCGUAGUUCAGUCCUCUGGCGAGCGACAGCGAGCGAGCGCUGGAGGGAUGUGAUACCUUGAGGUCUAGGAUGCUGGCGGCCUCUUUUUAAAAAGCUGGAGAAAACACUAGCGUUCCGAAGACGACUGCGAGGAAACAGCUGGCUCUCCCCUCAAGCCCCUCUAUUUUCUUCUCCGGCUCCCCCCUUCCCUCCCAUCCUUUUUUUUUCUCUCCCUUUUCUUCUGGACCGUGCCGCACCGCAGCAUCUUCCAAGCUGGAGCACCAUGGAGCUGGAGAACAUCGUAGCCAAUACAGUUUUGCUGAAAGCCAGAGAAGGAGGUGGAGGGAAGCGGAAAGGAAGGAGCAAGAAAUGGAGGGAGAUCCUCAAGUUCCCACACAUCAGCCAGUGUGAUGAGCUCCGGAAAGGGUUGGAACGAGACUACAGCAGUUUGUGUGACAAGCAACCCAUCGGCCGACUGCUUUUCCGCCAGUUCUGUGAGACCCGGCUGGAACUCCUACGGUGUAUCCACUUCCUGGAUGCUGUGGCAGAAUAUGAGCUUUCUCCAGAUGAGAAGCGCAAGGAAAUGGGAGAAGAGGUUAUUCGGCAGUUUUUCCACAAGGAGUCCCUGGGCUAUAUGGCAGAGAUUGGUGAACCUCUUAUCAACCAGUGCAUAGAAGACCUACAGAGAAGCCCUUGCAAGGACCUCUUCAGCAGUUGUGUACAGCGCCUGCAUGAAUACCUGGGUGGUGCCCCUUUCACAAAUUACCAGGACAGCAUGUAUUUUGACAGAUUCCUCCAAUGGAAAUACCUGGAGAGGCAAUCGGUGACCAAAGACACCUUCAGGCAAUACCGGAUCCUAGGCAAGGGAGGCUUCGGAGAGGUUUGUGCUUGCCAGGUGCGUGCUACAGGGAAGAUGUAUGCUUGCAAAAAGUUGGAGAAGAAGCGCAUCAAGAAACGGAAAGGGGAAGCCAUGGCUCUGAACGAGAAGCAGAUUUUGGAGAAGGUCAACAGCCGAUUUGUGGUCAGUUUGGCUUACGCAUAUGAGACCAAGGAUGCUCUCUGCCUGGUCCUUACUAUCAUGAAUGGAGGUGACCUGAAGUUUCACAUCUACAACAUGGGCAACCCAGGCUUUGACAAUGAACGGGUCACCUUCUAUGCUGCAGAGAUUUGCUGUGGCCUUGAGCAUUUGCACCGGGAGGGCAUUGUGUACAGGGACUUAAAGCCGGAGAACAUUCUCCUGGAUGAUGAUGGUCAUAUCCGGAUCUCAGAUCUGGGGCUGGCCAUUAAGAUCCCAGAAGGCGACACCAUCCGUGGCCGUGUAGGAACUGUGGGCUACAUGGCUCCUGAAGUAAUUAACAAUGAGCGCUACUCCUUCAGCCCAGACUGGUGGGGGCUUGGCUGCCUCAUCUAUGAGAUGAUCGAGGGCCAAUCACCAUUCCGGGCCCGCAAGGAACGGGUGAAGAGAGAGGAGGUGGAAAAGCGGGUUCAGGAGGACCAUGAGCAAUAUUCAGACAAGUUCUCUGAAGAUGCCAAAGCCAUUUGCAAGUUGCUCCUGACUAAAGACUCCAAACAGCGGCUUGGAAGCAAAGGUGAGGGGGCUGUCCAGGUGAAGCAGCACCCAUUCUUCAAGACUAUCAAUUUCAAGCGACUGGAAGCUGGGAUUAUGAAGCCCUCAUUCGUGCCAGAUCCUCGGGCUGUGUACUGUAAGGAUGUACUGGACAUCGAACAAUUCUCCACUGUGAAGGGUGUCAACUUAGACCAAGCCGACAAUGACUUCUAUGCCAAAUUUGCCACAGGCUGCGUCCCUAUCCCCUGGCAGAAUGAGAUGAUCGAGACAGAGUGCUUUAAAGAUCUCAACAUCUUUGGACCAAAUGGCACCCGAUCCCCAGAUCUGGACUGGAAGCAGCUCCCUGACCCACCCAAGCGUAGCCUCCUGCAGCGGCUCUUCCGCCGUAACCCAAGUGACUUCACCAUCAGCACCAACGUACAUUCCAACUUGUCAGCGGCCCCCUCACCAGCCUGGCCCAUGGCACAGGCUCCUUCCUGACCCCUGGAACUAGCACUCAUCCUUUGCCUUCUCAGGGUUGCCUUAGGCUGAAACGUGGAAGUCCCUGUCUUGGGCCAGGCUCUGUUCCUGCUUGGAGCUGGAGGAACACAGCCUUCCAAUCGGCAGAGCAGCAAUGGGCCAGAAAACCUUUGCCACCUCCUGGUGCUGAUGUGGACUGGGGGCAUGGAGGCUCCUCUUGUCCAGAGCCUUGGCUGCUGCUUGUUGACAGGGUCUUCCUUCAUCUUUCUGUACUUUGACUGCACAGGGAACAUCCACGGCUGUCCCCCAUUCUCUUUGUCUCACCACCUCCUGACCCAAGUUUAAUGGGAGAUCGACUGGGGAGAUGUACCUGAGAAGGGAGGAUUUAAAAAAAAACAAAACAACUACCAAUGACACCUGGAGAUGGCAGAGAUCAGGGCUGGAGCCUUAGACUGGAGAGAAAAAGAGAACACACAGCUUGGACAAAAUUGCAGUGGGAAUGGAAAAGACUCCCUACUCUUGCAUUGGCAUUUCCGGAGCUGGGGAAUGCCGAACUGAGACUCAUGGAUAAGUGUGUGUCAGUUUGCGUGUGGGUGUGUAUUGAACUUUUAGCUCCUUGGAGUUCAUUCAGGGUUUUCCCAGGAAUCUCUCCCACCCAUACUGUCAAUUCUACAACCUGGGGCCAUUGCAAAGCCAGAACAUGGAAGACAAAGAAGGGUGAAGAGCAACUGGUGGUCUUUUCUUGAGAACACCCUUUCUUUGCUGGUCAUCCUCUAGCUGUCCUGCACUGUCCAGCACCUGUCAUCCCUUAGCAAUACAAUCUUUGGACCGGAUAGUUGGGCAAUUCAACUGGAAUCCAGGACCAGAUGCAGAAUGCUGCUUUGGAGGCCCCAGUAGGAAAAGACUGAGAGAUGGAGAGAUAGAUGGAAUCUUAGCCUGAAUAAAGCCAGAAGCUUUCGGCGUUCCCAAACCCAGGACUUUAACCUCAACCUGCAGUGUUGAAGAGAUACCUUUUUAAAUCCUUAUAUAUUUUAACCUUUAUUACAUUUGUUUCCAUA